AUUCAAUUGAAACUGAACACGCCCGGUAAUUAAACCUAAGGAAUUUCAAACUGUAAUUGCCUUACAUUCUUGACUGCGAAGGUUUUCAAGGUUCUUCUGUACCUCCAUGAAAUUUACCUUUUAUCGCCUUGUAUUCCACGUUCUAGACCUACAGAAGGAGGUUCUAUAGAAAAUCAUUUAUCUCUUUGCUCGCUCUUUGCCGACGGCUAAAAUGGCAACAAAACUAAAGUUGACACCGUCGCAACGUUUUUCUAAUUUUGUUAGAGUCGUUAAAAUAUUUGCCAUUGUUUGUGGAGCAAAUAUUUUCCGUCCAGAUUACAGGCUCAAUGCGUUGACUUGGUUCGUCAUUGGAGUUAUUGCAACCUUUUUCAUUUUUACCUCCUACACGAUGUAUGUGGGUGUGGUGAUUGACAAUGACUACACGAAAAUUCUUCAGUUGCUAUGUGUCACCGGAUCAGCAAUACAGGGCGCCACCAAACUUGUCAAUGGUCUUUAUCACGCCAGUCUCAUACGUUCCCUUAUCGCGGAAAUCUUGACCAUGUACGAGGAAUAUGAAUGCAAAGACCAACGUUAUAUAAAGUACCUGGAACACACUUUGUCACUGAUCAAGCGAGCUGUCUUCAGCCUGCUGAACAUAUAUUCCAUACAAACCAUUGGCGUUUUGGCAGUUCCACUGUUUUACCACCUGCUGCUGGGACAGCAAAUCGAUAUUAUAGCCCUUCUUGUGCCUGGCAUUGAUAAGCAUACCGACUUUGGUUUCUACACCUAUCAAUUUUACCACUUCUGUGUGGUGGGCUUUGCCUCGUUCGGAAACUUUGCCAAUGACACUUUGAUGGUUCUCCUCAUUGUCCACGUUCCGUUGAUGAAAAAUAUCCUCAAGUUGAAGUUUGAUGCUUUGGAUGAAGUAUUGAAGGAAUAUCCACGUGAUGUGGAUAGGACUGAGCCAUUGCUAAGGGAGAUUUUCCAAUGGCAUCAGAAGUCUACAAUGUUUGCCCAAAAUUGUACCGACACGUUCUUUUGGGUUAUAUUCGUGCAAAUAUUUGCCUCAACAUUGGCCAUUAUUUGCAUCAUGGUAUGCCAGUUUUUGGGCGUUUGGCCAGCGGCUCCCGUUUACAUGAUGUACUGUUUUGCCAUCAUGUAUAUGUUUUGUGGCCUUGGGAAUUUGAUAGAGAUUUCAAAUGAUGAUCUCACUCGAAUCAUUUACGAUUGUAAUUGGUACGAACUCACGGUGACGGAACAAAAAAUGAUACUCCUUAUGCUAAGGAAGUCGCAGCAGGCACCCACUAUGACUGUGGGCGGUUUUAUGCCGCUGAGCAUGAACUCUGCGCUGCAGUUGACAAAAACUAUUUAUACUGCAGCCAUGAUCCUGAAUGAAUUUGUUAAUUGAAAACCGAAAAAACUUGGCAACAACAGCACAAGAAGAAGCAGCCUGUUAAGAAAAAAAUUUAUUAAAUUUAGUGGCACAGACACAGUAGCAAGUAGUAGCAUCGUAUAGAAAUUCUAUAAAUGAAGAAUUAAUUACAAAUCUGUUCAAGUCUGCUUAGUACAGAC